AUGCUUCGGAGGUCAUACGGCGGCAUCCUGUCUCAGGGCUCGUUGCAGUUGUCGUAUGCCCAACCCGCACAACCGCGAGUCCAUCAGACUAGGUCUAAGCAGCCGCUGCGGAACCAGCCCUCGCAGUUGUAUUUGAUUUUGAGAAACUUUCUCUAUCCACCACAGGUGGAGUCAUGCUCCACGCCAGGGGAGACUGAUUGCCCUGCGUGGUGGCGAAGGUCGCCGAGCGACGAAAUGUCGCAAAACAUUUUCAGCAAAACACCUGAUGCUUGGCAGCCUCUGGCUGGCCGUGGGUCUGAAAGAUCUUUUGCAAUCUCGCGGACCCUCUCAAUUGCUCCCGACCGUAUCAAAACCUCACAAACACAGAACAAGUGCUCUCGAUCAAAGACCAGUUCUCUUUCAAUCCACUUCGCACAAGUCUGCGGCUCUGUCUCGGAAACGCUUUGCGCAGCGAUGGAAGGGGCUGCAGCAUUCGCAUCCAGUGUCGCCCUGUGCUCCGCACGAGUGGUGAAUCCCGGGUUGCGCAGCAGUUGCCCCCCGUCCAUGAACAGCGCCCCUACUUUCUCCCGUCGGCAGGUAAGCCGACUAGCUCUUGGCGCGUUGUUGGCGACGACUGUUCUUGAGCCAACCGGCAGGGCCCUCGCAGCCGCGCGUAGACCCGAGUAUAUCAAGGAUGAGAGCGGCAUCAGCUACUACGAUGUCAAAGGGGGGAGCGGGGCCGGACCUAUUAAUGGCGAUUUCGUCGUCAUAGAUUACCAAGCGUUCCUUAGCAAUGGAAAGAUAUUUGAUAACCGAAAAGGCUUCGUUUUUCAAAUGGGACAAAGGCAAGUCAUUCCUGGUCUGGAAACGGCCGUGUCGACGAUGAAGCCGGGUGGGGAAAGGAAAGUCGUCAUCCCGCCAACAUUGGCAUACGGGGACAGGGGCGUUUGCAUUGGUGAAUCAAAAGAAUGCUUAGUUCCGCCGGGUGAAACGCUGGGUUAUUCGGUGAACUUGCAGCGAGUCGCGAUUUCACCAACAUAG